UGCAAAAUGUGCAACAAAUUUGUGGGGUCCUGGAAACUGGUCUCUAGUGAAAACUUUGAUGAUUACAUGAAAGAACUGGGUGUGGGGCUGGCUACCCGGAAACUUGGCAGCCUGGCCAGGCCUAAGGUCAUAAUCAGCAUGAAGGGUGAUGUCAUAACCAUCCGAACUGAAAGUGCCUUCAAAAACACAGAGAUCACUUUUAAGUUGGGUCAGGAAUUUGAAGAAACCACAGCUGAUAACAGGAAAACCAAGACUGCCAUAACCUUAGAAAAAGGCUCGUUGAUUCAAGUGCAGAAGUGGAAUGGCAAGGAAUCAACCAUAAGAAGAAAACUAGUUGAUGGUAAAAUGGUGGUGGAAUGCAUCAUGAAAGGCAUCACCUGCAGACGAGUCUAUGAGAGAAUGUGAGGAAUCUCCCUGUGUCCAGUAGAUUGAAUUUAAGUCC